UCCUCCCCCGAGCGCCUCGCCCCGCCCCGCCCCCUGCGCGGCAGCGCCCGCCCGCCCGCCCGCUCGCUGCGGCGACCAGCUCCUGAGGCCGCCGGGCUGCCUGGCCGCUCCGCCAUGUGGCUGCUGGCUGCUUGGGUGUUGCUCAGCGCCGUGGGCGCCGGUUCUGCCCAGUUGACGUUUAGCGGACCAGAUGUUGUUGAAAGAACUGACUGUAAUAGAACUGUCACUUUACCUUGCUACGUGAAUAAUCUAAAGGAGAACAAUAUAAAAGUCAUGUUUGUUACGUGGAAAAAACAAGGAAAAAAAAUUUUUUCUUUUGAUGGAGCAAAACAGGAGUUUUUGAGAGAUGAAACGGUCCCAUCAGCUAACCUAACGUCUCAGGAGGAUUUACCCAAGGGUAUUGCCUCUCUAACGCUUAUCAGUGCAGAGGCAAGUGUUGGCAAUUACAGUUGUGAAGUAACAGAAUCAAACAGAGAAGGGGAAACAAGAGUCGAACUAAGACACAGCUCAGGACCAUGGUUUCUUCUAGUGGAAAGUGCUAUCAUCAUAGUGUUGCUGUUAUUAGUUAUUAUUUUCUGUUCGACUCAGUUCAGUUUUAUUGCAUUAAAAUAUGAAAUUGAACCUCAGAAGAAAACGGGAAUUAUUGUAGCAGGUGUCAUCUUCAUAGUUGCUGCUAUUGUAGGCACUGUUCUUUUUGCCCAAGAUGGCUAUACUGCACAGAAUCAAGCUGGUCUUGGCCUGAUUGUAGUCCCUGCUAUGAUUGCGGUACCGCUUCAAUACUUUUUGUUUAAAAUUGUUUUGGAUAGCCUACCCCCAACAGCAUUUGUUCUGAUAUUUUUUCAAAUUCUUGGUUACAUAAUUGCUGUGGUUGGUUUUGCAUUGUGUGUCUCAGCUUGUCCUCCGCUACAUGGGUCUGUUGUGAUUGCUGGCUUAGCUAUUAUGGCUAGUGGAAAUUUGAUUAGUCUGGCUUACGUGUUUAUUACAGGUUCCAGAAUGAAAGAUCAUCCUCGUCCAGGGAAAGCUGUAGAAGAACCACUAAAUGAUGCAAAAGGAGUGAUGUUAGAAUGAUGAAGUGAAGAGUUAUGUGACAUGUGAAAAGUAUACCGCUGUUGAUACACCGUGGCCUUGAAGAUGCACUACUCAAAGAGAAGAAAUUCAGGAAACUAGUUGUUUUGCAUGUGUGGCAAAAGUGCUUUUGAUAUAAAUGAUGUAAUUUUAUAUAUAGUCACAGCAGCUGUAGCGAGGAACAUGUGUGUUUGCCCACAUGUGAUCUUUAUUUUCAUUUGUAAUUGUAUAUAUUGUAUGGUUGAGGGUGAGAAUAUAAAAAGCACUGUUUGCCCACUACAAGGUCUCCCUGCAGUAAUCCUUAGUGGUAUUAUUUUCAAAAACUAUCAUUAGUCACUGCUUUGAUAAUGGGCCUGCUCAGCCCAAAGAUUGCAAUACCAUUUAGACUAUUGUUUUCUUUAGUUGUGUGCAUGGGUAAGGUAUGGUCAUGUGUCUAGGAUACAAGCAGGAAGUAGAGAUUGUACAAAUACAUCUUUUCUGACAUUCAGUGAAAUUUUUAUAAAAAAAAUAAAUAAAAUGCUUAUACACAAAGUUGCAUAAGUACAGAAUUUACUCCCCAGCUCUCUUUAAGUUACUAAAUGAGUUCUCCUGAUUCCACAAAACAGUAGGAUUCCUCUUUCUGUGCACUCUGGUGGCUGAUAUUUUAGUCCAGUGAGGGAGCUCUCGGUGCCUCUUCCGUCUUCUUUGAUGAGAAAACUGCUCAGCUGUUGGAGCCUAAUGCAGCACUGGAAUUAUGGAACCCAGCAGCUGGUAAUUUUUGUGCUGAAUGUGGUUCUUGUGCGUGUUCAUGUUGUGCAGUGUGUGGUACUGGAAGCAACUUCAGGCCUUCUUAACUCGGUGUAAAAGUCACAGAUGCUUCAUAAAAAUAGGAGUUGCCCUAUUUAAGUGUGGUUUCGACAGAGUUUUAAAAUCUGCUUUCUUGAAUGGGUAAAAAAGGAGCCAUUUCAUUUCUGUCCCAACUUUGUGAUGCUUCAUUGCGUCACAAAUACAUAAAAUAGAAAGUAAGUAGGGGGAGCUGAUGAGAAGUGAGGAGGCUCAGUUUCUGUAUAUAUGCAAGUGGUACAGUUAAAAAUCAGUUUUCUACGACUUGCACUUUCCAUGAGAUUUUACCACAUUUUACAACUGUUUGAGAGUUGUUCCAAUAUAGUUGACUUCUCUCGGACUUUAUGUAUGCUUUGUAGAAAUCUUGUCACUGUCUCCUGUUUUUACUAAGGUAAUAUAUUUCAAAGUCACACAAGGUUUUCUCCUUCUAACAAUGUAAAACUUUGUUUGGAAAGCUAUUGCCAAACAGUAAUGUAAUAAAUUCCAUGUUUUUAAAGAUUCUGAGCAAUUUGCAAGUCUCAGAGUUGGAUGUUAUAAACUAAUGUUCAUAUCCAUGUUGUGGGUGCAUGUUGCAGAGAUUCAGGUCUGCACGUUGAGCUCCAAGUCUUGAUGCAGACACCUUGCAUCAAGAAUUCAACAAAAUAAAAUUGAGGUAUCUGAGUUUACAGUAUUUACUUUCAUUAACUGUCCUCUUGCUAGGGCUGCAGGAUUGACCCACUUGAAGUAACCCAUGGUCAGCCCUCACUAAAGUCAGUGGAACUGGCCACAGUGAAGAGGGUUAUUCAUGUGAAAAAAACAUUCAAGCAGUACAUAUGGUUUACACUUACUCUCAUUCCUUCAAGUUUAUCAGUGGGAGUAUUCAUAGAAGAUUUGAGUUCGUAUAUAUUAAACUUUUGAUACAGGUUUUUCCAUAAUCACAGCAAUCUCUACCAAAAGAGGGGAGAUUAAUCUCCACUAACAAUUCAAUUUAAGAAUUUACCUGAUUAUGUACCAUGCAGAGCUCCCUCUUUAGAGCUAGUGAUUGCCUCAGGCAAGUUGAGAAUUGAGCAGCUGAGGAAUAAACAGCAAACCAACUGGAAUUCUGUUGACCUAUUCUGCCUUAUAAAAGCCAUUAUGUAUAAUAGCUUUAAGUUAACUGCAGCAGAACCCGUUUGUGUCACUGUGGGGUGAGGCUGAGCUGAUACAAUGUGUUGCCAAAACCUGAGGAGCUCGGUGUCCACGUACAGGCUGCAGAAUCAGUUGCCCCCAGACCUGGAAGAAACCCACCGUCCCAUUGCUGCGUGAAGGGCUCUGCUCCGCAUUUCUUGUAGGUACAGGUUUAAAAGCGGGAGUUUAAAAAGUCAUUGGUACACCCAGCCCAUUCCCACUAGUAAUUUGAAACCAAAGUUGUUCAUAACUGUAUGCUUCCAUUUGUUGUGUGUAUGUAUGUGUGUGUAUAUAUAAAUAUAUAGACAUUUUAAAUAUCUAUAGAUCUAUCAUCUUUACCCCAGAAAAUGUUUUUAUUUAUGAAACAUGAAACAAUUUUGUAAAUAGUGUGCUAAUAUACUUAAAAAAAAUAAAGUCAUUUUAAGUUGUU